AUGGGAGGACUAGUACUACUCUAUGCUUUCCUUGGUGUGCUGUUUAUGUAUGAUAGAAGAAGAAGGAGAGCUAAAGACGAUGGAAGACGGAAUGAUGAUGGUUGGCUUUCGAUAUCCAUGUUAGAUGGGAAGGCAUUGUACAGGGACAUCUUAAAUGCCACGGAGGAGUUUGAUUCAACAUUUUUCAUCGGGAAAGGAGGGCAUGGAAGCGUUUACAAGGUCAACCUCCCAUCAUUAGGGACAAUAGCUCUGAAGAGACUUCACUCUUCAUUUGAGAUCAAUACACAUCCCAAAAGCUUCAUGAAUGAAGUAAGGGAAUUGACUGGGAUUAAGCACCGGAACAUUGUGAACCUCUACGGCUAUUGUUCGCAUGCACAAUACUUGUUCUUGGUUUACGAGUAUGCGGAGAGGGGGAGUUUGUCUAGUAUUUUAAUCAAUGAAGUUGAGUCCAAGAAAAUGGAUUGGCUUAAAAGGGUGAAUAGCAUCAAAGAUUUUGGCAUAGCUAAGCUUCUCAAGCCAGACUCAUCCAACUUCACCGCGCUUGCAGGCACAUAUGGCUACGUUGCACCUGAGCUUGCAUAUACAAUGAAGGUUAUGCAAAUGUGUGAUGUCUAUAGCUUUGGAGUAUUAGCAUUGGAGAUAAUCAAAGGAAAGCAUCUUGGUGAGUACAUUACUGUGCUAGCAAAUUCAUCUACUAUGGAUCAUCAUGUUCAACUUAGUGAUUUUCUAGAUGAAUGCCUUCCGUACCAGAAGAUAGAGUAA